UCCUCUCUGCUGAGGAGCUCCACUCGGCGCUGACCGGCGUGAAGGCAACAGGGAAACAGUCCACCGUCUGUCUGCUCCACCAGCCUGGGAGUUCCCCCUCCCUCGGAGAUUAUUUAAAAAUCUGGUGCGGAGCGCUUCAUCCUGCAGCCACAAGAACCUGCGAGCAGAAACUGCAGCAGCAACUUGGGAGAUAAUUUUCUUUCUUGACACGUUGCACGCAGUUAAUAACGUUCAAGUAGAAAUCGCUCGGAUGCUGUUUGGAGGGCUAAGGAGACCCCAGAUGAUGUCCGGAUUAUUAUUUACUUGAACGACCUUGGGUUAUUUCUUUUGUCGCCGGAUUAUUAUUAUUAUUUCUGUUGGAAUGGAGAGAAACCUGACGGAUUUUCCACACUCUGCUAAAACUGAAGAAAGAAUGAGAUCAAACCAGCGAGGCAGCAGGAGCGACUGUUUCACCACCAGCAGAGCCACACAGGGAUGGGCCUCCUAGCCGCUAUCACCAGCCUCUAACGCUGAUCGGGACACAUGUUGGCUCUCAGACAUGGAUGAGAGUGGGAGUGGAUGACAGGAGCACAAAGACAACAAAGACAGAGAACUUGAGGGACUCUCGCACUUUCCCGCCACCCAUAAAGUCAAUCAAUGCUACAUCCUCCAGAGGAUGGGGUGCGUCAAAUCCAAGAGGAGCGACUCUGCGACCCAGAAUGCAAACUCCACAGAGAAGGCGGACGGCAAAGCCAAGGGAGCGAAGGGCGAGAAAGCCUACUUGAUCCACUCGGAGACGGGCUCGCCGGAGAACUCUCCCCAGGUCAACCCGGUGCUGCUGGAGUACGCCCAGAGGCUGUCCGAGGAGAUCGUGGCCCGGGCCGUGCAGCAGUGGGUGGAGGUGGACCGCCGCUACAUCGACAUCCCCUACAUUGAAUGUGACGUGCCGUGACACGGGCAAGCGGGAGAUGUCGCAACGGGAAAGGGCCGGGCCGAGCCGAGACUGCCUUGACCCUGAUACUGGAGGUCGAACCUGUGAUUUAACAAGGCCAGAUCCCUUCAUUCAGAAUGAAACCUUGAAGCGUUUACCUGCCGUGGUUGCAGGAAUAUGAAUGAGCUGUCAGUAAUUCAGCUUUGACCUACUUUUGGUUGGUUGGAUUAUACUUGGAUUGAACCUAAAAACCCUCCUCCAGAGCGACCAAAGCGCCCUGAUCCCGGCCACGUUCCUGCGAUUAUCUGCAUCAAAGCCGGAGCCUGGAGUGUCUUCAGCUGGAUAUCAUCUUUCUCGGACCUUAUUUGUCCCCCCUGCCUGCCAGUAGGGUCUCUGUGCCUGGACUCAAGGCAAGAAAUCCUAUCAGAUAUUGCCUGGAAUUGUAAUGUUCCUCCCUGCCAGUGAAAGCCAUCCACGCUGUCCCCGGGCCAACAUUCCCUGCUCUUACGGAGGAACUUAUUAAUAGAUCCCCUCGUUUGGUGAAGACUCCCACUUGAAAACCCUUCUCACACACAUCAGGUCAGGAACACACCCAGCUGUCCGGCUCCCUCCUGUCUCCCAUUAUGCUCUCCCUGAAGAGAUGGUGUGGCUGAGCAUCUCCCUCAGCUCUGCCAUUAGGGCAGCAGCCUCCACCGCAGCAGGCAGAGUCCAGGAAAUUAUGUUUUUCCUGCUCUCCAGGAUAUUCUGUGUACACAAGUUUGGGAACUUUGACAUCAGGACCCACAUCUCUAGUCUAGGGACCUGCUGACCUGAAAGCAGAGCAGGAGAAAGGAUUGACACACUUUUAAUAAAGGAUUUGGCUCGUCAGCAGAACUGGAGAUAAAAAGGCAAAACAAGGAUCACGUGGUUUCGGCUCAAAUGUUGUAGACCUAGUUUUUGUUAGCAUUGUGUGUAAUGCGUAACUGAGAAAUACUGCCAUCUGCCCAAAUAUGCAAACACACAACAUUUCAAUCCAGUCUGUAUACGACCCGUUAUUAUAGUGUGAUGCUGCUCACUAACAGAGGGCCUAACAUGACACUGACCAGGGCAGAGGACAGAUAUAUUUGGAAUAGGGCUGGGCGAUAAGUCAAUAUGAUCAUUUAUCAUCUUUCAAAGGGAAUCAUAUUUCUUGCUUAAAACCAAAUAUUUUACAACACUUUUAACUUGUAAGGCACUUAGGUUUCCCUCAUUUACAGCGAUGACGAGUACAUUU